CUGAGAUGCUGCAGUCGCCUCUCCUGGGGCUUGGCGAGGAGGACGAGUCGGACCUGACGGACUGGAACUUGCCCUUGGCCUUUAUGAAGAAGAGGCACUGUGAGAAGAUCGAGGGCUCCAAGUCUUUGGCUCAGAGCUGGAGGAUGAAGGACCGGAUGAAGACUGUUAGUGUUGCCUUAGUUUUGUGCCUAAAUGUUGGCGUGGAUCCUCCUGAUGUGGUGAAGACAACUCCCUGUGCCCGUCUGGAGUGCUGGAUAGAUCCUCUAUCAAUGGGUCCUCAAAAAGCUCUGGAAACGAUUGGUGCAAAUUUACAGAAGCAGUAUGAAAACUGGCAGCCAAGAGCCAGAUACAAGCAAAGUCUUGAUCCUACGGUGGAUGAAGUUAAGAAACUGUGUACGUCUCUACGUCGAAAUGCCAAGGAAGAGCGCGUCCUUUUCCACUACAACGGACAUGGCGUCCCCAGGCCAACAGUAAAUGGGGAGAUCUGGGUCUUCAAUAAGAACUAUACGCAGUAUAUUCCUCUGUCCAUAUAUGACCUGCAGACUUGGAUGGGCAGUCCUUCCAUUUUCGUCUAUGAUUGCUCCAAUGCUGGCCUUAUCGUCAAGUCUUUUAAACAAUUUGCACUACAGAGGGAGCAAGAGUUGGAGGUGGCUGCAAUUAACCCAAACCAUCCACUUGCUCAAAUGCCGUUGCCUCCAUCAAUGAAGAACUGCAUUCAAUUGGCAGCAUGUGAAGCCAACGAAUUGCUACCUAUGAUCCCUGAUCUGCCAGCUGACCUAUUCACAUCAUGCCUUACUACACCGAUCAAAAUUGCUCUGAGAUGGUUUUGUAUGCAGAAGAGUGUCAGACUGGUGCCAGGAGUCACGCUGGAUUUAAUAGAGAAGAUUCCUGGAAGACUGAAUGACAGGAGAACUCCUCUAGGAGAAUUGAAUUGGAUUUUCACAGCUAUCACAGACACCAUCGCGUGGAACGUCUUGCCUAGAGAUCUUUUCCAGAAGCUCUUCAGGCAGGACCUGCUUGUGGCCAGUUUAUUCCGUAACUUUCUCUUGGCAGAAAGAAUUAUGAGAUCCUACAACUGCACCCCCGUCAGCAGCCCGCGUCUACCUCCAACCUACAUGCAUGCAAUGUGGCAAGCAUGGGACCUUGCAGUUGAUAUUUGCCUUUCACAAUUACCUACGAUUAUAGAGGAAGGAACCGCCUUUAGGCACAGCCCGUUCUUCGCGGAGCAGCUGACGGCCUUCCAGGUGUGGCUGACCAUGGGGGUGGAGAACCGCAACCCCCCGGAGCAGCUGCCCAUCGUCCUGCAGGUGCUGCUGAGCCAAGUACAUCGGCUCCGAGCUCUUGAUUUGCUGGGAAGAUUUUUGGACCUGGGUCCCUGGGCGGUUAGCUUGGCGCUGUCUGUUGGCAUUUUCCCAUAUGUACUGAAGCUACUUCAAAGUUCAGCUCGUGAACUGAGACCACUUCUUGUAUUCAUCUGGGCCAAAAUUCUCGCAGUGGACAGUUCAUGCCAAGCUGACCUUGUGAAGGACAAUGGUCACAAGUAUUUCCUUUCCGUUUUGGCUGAUCCUUAUAUGCCAGCUGAACACAGGACAAUGACUGCUUUUAUUCUGGCUGUAAUUGUUAACAACUACAACACAGGACAGGAAGCCUGCCUUCAAGGAAACCUGAUUGCUAUCUGCCUGGAGCAGUUAAAUGAUCCACAUCCUCUUCUGCGUCAGUGGGUGGCCAUUUGUUUAGGACGUAUUUGGCAGAAUUUUGACUCAGCCAGGUGGUGUGGCGUGAGAGACAGUGCCCAUGAAAAACUCUACAGUCUCCUCUCCGAUCCAAUCCCAGAGGUUCGCUGUGCUGCAGUCUUUGCACUGGGAACAUUCGUGGGCAACUCAGCUGAGCGGACUGAUCACUCCACCACCAUUGAUCACAACGUAGCUAUGAUGCUGGCCCAGCUCAUCAAUGAUGGGAGCCCUAUGGUUAGAAAGGAGCUGGUGGUGGCUUUAAGUCAUCUGGUGGUUCAGUAUGAGAGCAAUUUCUGCACCGUUGCUUUGCAGUUCAUGGAAGAAGAGAAGAAUUACCCUCUCCCUUCUCCAGCUGCCACAGAGGGUGGGAGUUUGACACCAGUGCGAGAUGGUCCAUGUACACCAAGGCUGCGCUCUGUCAGCUCUUAUGGGAAUAUCCGAGCAGUUACCACAGCUAGGAACCUGAACAAGUCCUUGCAGAACCUCAGCCUGAAUGAAGAAUCUGGAAGUUCUGUUGCUUUUUCUCCUGGGAAUCUCAGCACCAGCAGCAGUGCCAGCAGCACCUUGGGCAGCCCUGAGAAUGAAGAGUAUAUCCUGUCGUUUGAGACUAUCGACAAGAUGAGACGAGUCAGCUCUUACUCUUCUCUGAAUUCACUGAUAGGUGUGAGUUUCAACAGUGUUUAUACUCAAAUUUGGAGAGUACUCCUUCACCUAGCUGCUGACCCCUAUCCUGAUGUCUCCGACUUGGCUAUGAAAGUCCUAAAUAGUAUCGCCUACAAGGCAACGGUAAAUGCCCGUCCCCAGCGCAUCCUCGACACCUCCUCGCUGACGCAGUCGGCCCCUGCCAGCCCUACCAACAAGGGCAUGCACAUCCACCAAGUAGGAGGGUCACCUCCAACCACCAGCACCAGCAGCUCCAGCCUGACAAAUGACGUGACAAAACAGCCAGUCAGUCGGGACAUCACGUCUGUAAGACCUGCCAACGUAGGCAACAUGGGGGUUCAGUAUACUCCCCACUCCCACCAGUUCCCCAGAACAAGAAAAAUGUUUGACAAAGGGCCAGAACAGACUACUGAUGACGCUGAUGAUACCGUUGGACACAAAAGUUUCAUUUCGGCCACAGUGCAGACGGGUUUCUGUGACUGGAGCGCAAAGUAUUUUGCUCAGCCUGUCAUGAAGAUCCCAGAAGAGCAUGACUUGGAGAGCCAGAUUCGCAAAGAGAGGGAGUGGCGGUUUCUGCGCAACGCUCGGGUCAGGAAGCAAGCCCAGAAGAUCAUCCAGAAGGGCAUCUCUCGGCUCGACGAUCAGAUCUUCCUCAACAGGAACCCGGGUGUCCCCUCAGUGGUGAAGUUUCACCCCUUCACUCCCUGCAUAGCGGUGGCUGACAAGGAUAGCAUCUGUUUUUGGGAUUGGGAGAAAGGGGAGAAGCUGGACUAUUUCCACAACGGGAAUCCUCGAUACACCAGAAUCACAGCAAUGGAGUACCUGAAUGGACAAGACUGCUCUUUGCUGCUGACUGCCACAGACGACGGCGCUAUCAGAGUGUGGAAGAACUUUGCAGACCUGGAAAAGAACCCCGAGAUGGUAACUGCCUGGCAGGGCCUCUCAGACAUGCUGCCAACUACACGAGGUCUGGCCCGAAGGGUUUCAAUCUAUCUUGACAGAAGUAAACAGGGAGGAGCAGGAAUGGUAGUCGACUGGGAGCAAGAAACGGGGCUCCUUAUGACAUCUGGAGAUGUGAGGAUAAUCCGGAUCUGGGACACAGAUCGGGAAAUGAAAGUACAGGACAUCCCCACGGGCGCCGACAGCUGCGUGACCAGCCUUUCGUGCGACUCGCACCGCUCGCUGAUCGUGGCCGGGCUGGGCGACGGCUCCAUCCGCGUGUUCGACAGGAGGAUGGCUCUGAGCGAAUGCCGCGUCAUGACCUACCGCGAGCACACAGCCUGGGUGGUGAAAGCCUACCUGCAGAAACAUCCCGAGGGCAACAUCAUGAGUGUCAGUGUAAACGGAGACGUGCGAUUCUUUGACCCCAGGAUGCCAGAGUCCAUGAAGGUCCUUCAGAUAGUCAAAGGGCUGACGGCUCUUGACAUUCACCCACAAGCCAACCUCUUUGCGUGUGGCUCAAUGAAUCAGUUCACUGCAAUCUACAAUGGAAAUGGUGAGCUGAUCAACAAUAUCAAAUACUACGAUGGUUUUAUGGGACAAAGAGUUGGAGCCAUCAGCUGCCUGGCUUUCCAUCCUCACUGGCCUCAUCUGGCAGUCGGAAGCAAUGACUACUACAUCUCAGUGUACUCAGUGGAGAAGCGGAUCAGAUAACGGCUCAUGGCAGCGUCAUUGGAGAAAGGGAGUCCCAGUGGACAGGGCCGUGUCUCACCUAUAAUGUACAUAGUGAAAUUAUCGACUUGAAUGUUUAGUGUUGGCUGCUGCUGCAACCCAUAACUUGAACAUAUUUUUUUUUCUGACUUAGCUACUGAUGAUUUUGACAAGGGGAGGAGAGACAAUCUCUUUUUUUUUUUUUCAGCUGUAUCUCUAAAAGCUACAGAAAAGGAAUAUUUUAUUUUUGUUUCCAGUGGUUGGCUUCUCUGUUAGAAACACGGCUCCUGAGCUUGGAAGGACUGGAUGAGGCAAUACCCUUGAAAAGGGCUUUUUGUUUUAGUCUUUGUUUUUGUUUUGCUGGAGCGUAGGUUGCUUUAAGGAGUGAAGUCAGGACUCACCUACAGCUCUGUGCGUUUGACCAGACCAUGGGACCCCUCCAGCUGCUACCUAGCCUGUGCCAAACAGUAAUCCCUCCGACAGGGCAGCGAGACCCGAGCUGCCCCUCUGCAGGAUCAUACACGUGCUCCCACCCUCCCUGAGCGCGGGAGAAGGAGAUAGGAAAAUGUCUGCUCUGCAUGAACCUUGUCCUCUCUGCAGUUUCCUCUCCGGUGGAAGCAGAGACCGAAGAAUCAGUCGGGAGAUGUGGUGGCAAGGGGAAGCAGGGAUCCUGAGGAGAGGGGCUUGAGGAGAUGACAGGAGCAGGGCACGGUGCCACCAUGCCGUAAAGUUGCACAUACCAGGAAAAGAGGGGAGAAAAGAACCGGACAUCUCUAACGUCCCAGCAAGCCUGGAGCAAGUCACUAACAUAACCACUUUCUACCCAAGCGCACGGUGCGGGUGCGGGGGGCGGAGGACUUGGGGUAUCGCAGUCACUGUUUACUUCGGCAGUCACGGUCCUCUCGCCCUCAGCGAUUUCCACAAACACGGGUGACAGCUUGGAAGCUCUGCACAGCCAGCAAGGGCGGCUCCGGGCUCAAACCCCAGCCUUUCAUCUCACUCCAAUUUGCUAACGCUCAGCUAGGUGAUGGACAUGAGUAUGUGUGCACUUGCCGCUGUACGUGUGCAGCUACAAACAUCGUGUGUCCGCACGUGUGUAUGGUGGUGGCUUGUCUGUGUGUCCCUGCAGAGCUGGGCAUGAAACCUCGCACGGUCUGAGCACGAGAAAAUUGUUAAAGAGGGGGCAGACGGCAGGUCAUCCUGCUUAAAGCAAAACCGCGCUGUCCCAGCUAUCUAGGGAAACCCAGCUCCAUCUUCCUCACCUUCCAGGCCUCUGUAAUGAAUGUUUCUGUCCCUUGAAAUCCGUCGUGCAUCUGGAGACCGAUGUAGGGGAGGGGGGGGGCAAAGCCAAAGGGCAGGUUUCUUUGGUGAAGUGCUGCCUAGGGCCGAUUUAGCUGGCCAAGAAGAGCAGAGCUUGCGCUGUGCAAAAAUCACUGUAGUGACAAAGGUGGACCUGCUAGACCUAGAAGUCCCCCGUUUUCCUUUGGGCUGGUGCCGCUGGUCUGCAGGCUGCCAGAGGCUCCCGGCAAACGCUGCCAGGGAUGAGGCUGACUGUGAUGGACAUAGGAGUGGCGGGGGGAGAAACGUCCUCUUAUUAUUGCAUGGAUGGCAACUUCACCUCUGCCGUGGCACCCGCUGGCGUGCAUCUGACCUUGUCACUGCUCAUUAAAUACCAGAUAAUUUUGUUUUCCUGUGUGUCCAGGCAGGUGGCCCGUGCAGCAGCCUUGGGAGGGGCCAGCUGGCUGUUGCAGGCCUGCCGUGGGGCAGCCCAGUACAAAGUCCCAUAUGCACCUCUGGACACUCGUUUUGAUGAGGCUCCUUGAACUUGAGGAGAUGCCAAAGGCUGGGGGCUGCGGCCUUCCCCUGGAGCACCGCUGCUGCCCCCCCUCUCCGAAGGGGGCCGCGGGCCCCUGCACACGGUGACGAAUCAAAGGCUUUGUGAACUACCCGAAAGUCCACUUUGGAGAUACCAAAAGUUAAUUAUGGUCGAACAGAGCUGUGCCUCUGCCUGCCCCUCGGAGCUGCUGCGGCGCGCCGCCCGGGGCUGACCAGGGCCCUGCUGGCGAGCGUUGACACCGAGUUUGGGGUCCACCUGUAACCGAUUAACAUACCCCGCUUAAAAACAAACAGUAGAUUUUUAACUUAUAUCUGUUUAUUUGUUUAAGGAACGAGAAAUACCUG